ACUACAGGUAUCGAAAAGAUGAAAUCUUCAAACGAUUAAAGGUGACUACUUUUGCACAACUGGUUCUUCAGGUAGCCCUUUCUUCAGUCAGGAAUCACAGUGAGGCCGAUGACGUGUCACACAUCCCACAAGAUAGUCUGUCCAUGGUAUCUGAUGAAGGCCAGGAGUGUCCUUCAGAAUACACCACUGACUCUGCUUUGAUGGUGCCCCCCCUCUCACAAUGUCAGGAUUCAGGAGACAGCAAGGAUAUAUGCCACUCUGCCAGGUCAAAACUCCUAAAUGUCAUCAGUGGUGUUGGAGAGCUGAAUAUAGAUGAAGUUAUUCAGCACAAGGCCAGUGAGUUGGUGUCCAGCCCUGCCCCAGUUAACGUGCCGUAUCCGGACUGCCCCUACCUACUGCUGGACAUGCGGGACCACGAGCAGUAUGACCGUUGUCACAUCAUCAGCGCACAAAGUUUUCCUGUUGCCAGACUGUCCCGAACAAUGAACCCCUACAGCAAAGAAAUGCUGGAAUAUAAAAAUGCACAAGGGAAGAUCAUUGUUGUGUAUGAUGAAGAUGAGAUGAUAGCCAGCCAGGCGGCUACUGUCAUGUGUCAACGAGGAUUUGAGAAUCUCUUUUUGCUCAGUGGAGGUCUCAAGGUCAUCGCUCAGAAGUUUCCAUGUGGAAUGACGACAGGCUCCUUCCCAGUCUCAUGCUUGUCCUCCCCCAGUUCAAAAGGCAGGAAAUGCUCUGUUUUACAGCAGCCAGCAGAGAGGAGGUGCAGGUUCACAUUCAGUGAGCUGGCAAACAUCCAAGAGCAACUAGAGGAGACACUCAUUCCUAACAAGUCCAACAGCUGUAUGUCCAGCUGCUCGACAACCAGCAGUACCUGCUCAGCAGCCUCCAGUCGUCUGAGUUUGUCCUCCUCCAUCAGAAACAGCUCCAGAGUUCACAGCAGUAGACCCUGGAAAUGAUCUCAUCUGUCCGUAACAUCAAACAUACCUUCACCAUAAAGUUUAUGUGGUGUUUCUCUAAUUACCUUUGGCUUCAAAAUGCAAAAUGUUGCAAAUAAUUUAGGUUUUUAUUAGGAACCUGUUAUCUAGACAAGAAUGAAAUAACAUUUUAAAAAUAUAGAAGCAAUGCAGACAUUUGAUUUGAGGGUUUGAUGUGUUUUUGCUGUCUAAAUAAACGGUGUGCAUUUGACCACUUGUGUAAUGCCUCUUCUGUGAACAUGAAAAAUAAAACCUUUUUCAAAUCA